AUGGCCACAGAGCCCCAGAUUCAAACCAAGAUGUACCCCGGAUUUGGGCCAUGUGAGACAUCCGCGGGGCCGGUAAUUUGUGGGGUUACCGAGGGACCCCACAAAGCAGAAGCCGACGAUGGACCCACAAAGUGCCGAGAAAGGCUUUCCUGGCCCGAAAGCUGUCUCGGCCGAGUCUCCGCCACGAUCCUAUCUCUGCGAAGAAUCUCCAUCCCAUCUUCAAUGGAAAGCCAAGCCUCCCGGUGGUCGGCUCAACAAUGGUCCAUCAAGCUGACUUCCACUGGCAAGCUCGGCACGGAAGCUCACAUCGCUGGUCUUGGACAACAUCAUAUCCCCAAUCGAACGCGUGGACGCGAUCCACUCACCGCCAGAUCGAGCCGACAAGCCUCAAUCUCACAAACUAGGACCAUCGCCGGACAUGCGCUUGGCCCUACAUUAGCAACGCCGGUACAACGAAACGAUGCUACCAGAAGCAAGCGCAAUAGUCCUGAAAUCAAUCACCAAUGUCCGACCGGGCAUCCAGAGCUAAGGCAGGAGAGAUUGGUUUCAUUUGCGGGUUGGGAGACAGCCCAUGAGGCUUGCCGUGUGGCUGAAGCGAUGGUUGGGCGAGAACGGGGGACGCCCUACAAUAUUGGAUGUGACUGUGACGUCACACUCACCUUGUUCGCCACAUCUGGCCAAACAUGUCGCAAGGCGCUGGCCGCUCUGGAACCAGUUGAGCCACAGCGAUCGCCACACACGUCGCAAGCCAAUUCGAAGGGCGGCCUCUUAAAGUACGGCAGAGAAUGCUUCCAUCAGUCGAUGAAGUCACGCUGUUUGGAUUCCAUCCUUCCAAGAAUCCCCAAGCCGCGAUAUGCUUCGGCCUACACGAAUACUAUUCCUAACCGCCAGCCAGAAACCCAACAGUUAUCUAAAGAAAUAAAAAAGCUCGACAAAGGGGCAAUCACCGCGCUUCCUGCAGUGCAGGGCAAGGAUCACAACCACAUCCUAUCAGAGCUGGGCAGAGAGAGAAAGCAAAGCCAGCACGGACUCCCGACAGCGUGCCACGAAGCCCAAACCCCGAGGAGGAGCCUAGGAAGUAUCGUAUCUUGGCAGGGACUCUGCGCAUGUACCGCCGCCGUCCUGCAGCAAAGGUCUCGGGACUUGUGUAGUUACACGUUUUUCCUAGUCAGAUAA